AGUUAUUCGACGCCAACUGCCCGCUGGCCACACCGCCCGCAAAUCUGCCUUUUCCUUUUCCUGUUGUAUUGCCCGACGGACGUGAUCGCCCGUUCAAUAUAGUGAAUCAAACAUGGCUCGUGGCCCCAAGAAGCAUUUGAAGCGUUUAGCCGCCCCCAAGGCAUGGAUGUUGGACAAGCUGGGAGGCGUCUUCGCCCCGCGUCCCUCGACCGGUCCACACAAGCUCCGUGAGUCGCUGCCCCUGCUGAUCUUCUUGAGAAACCGCUUGAAGUACGCCCUCAAUGGCGCCGAGGUCACCAAGAUCGUCAUGCAGCGCCUGGUUAAGGUCGAUGGAAAGGUCCGCACCGACCCCACCUAUCCCGCUGGCUACAUGGAUGUCAUCACCCUCGAGAAGACCGGUGAGUUCUUCCGUCUGGUCUACGACGUGAAGGGACGCUUCGUCAUCCACCGCAUCUCCGCCGAGGAGGCCAAGUACAAGUUGUGCAAGGUCAAGAAGACCCAGCUGGGAGCCAAGGGAGUUCCUUUCCUGGUUACACACGACGGUCGCACCAUCCGCUACCCGGAUCCCCUGAUCCACGCCAACGAUUCCGUGCAGGUGGACAUUGCCUCUGGCAAGAUCACCGACUACAUUAAGUUCGAUUCUGGCAACCUCUGCAUGAUCACCGGAGGCAGGAAUUUGGGACGUGUCGGCACCGUUGUCAACCGUGAGCGUCAUCCCGGUUCCUUCGACAUUGUGCACAUUAAGGACUCGCAAGGUCAUGUGUUCGCCACCCGUUUGACCAACGUGUUCAUCAUUGGCAAGGGCAACAAGCCCUACAUCUCCCUGCCUAAGGGCAAGGGUGUCAAGCUGAGCAUUGCGGAGGAGCGCGACAAGCGUCUGGCCGCCAAGACCCACUAAGGCGCAGGAGUUUAAGGACUUUUACCUUUUAGCAUAACACUCUGUACGUUUAGCUACGGAAUUACAAGCCGAGAACGUAACACAUGUGUUUUCUUUUGCAAUGGAAGUGGUUGAUCUAUUUGUUGGCCAAGAGUUUAAAGAAUCAGAUGUUUGCUUUGAAAUGUGUAAAAAAAAAAACAUGGGACAUGUGUGACGUGACUUAAAGCUAUUCAAACGUGACUUUAUAGGAACUUUAAAAUCAAUUCACAAUGCCUUAGAACUGGACGUAAAGUAAAACUACCCUCAAAAUUGACAUUUCAGAGCUUGAAAGACUAGUUUUAUCUAUGACACGAAUUCAAAAGUUGCGUUUGUUAAGUAAAUAUUUCAAAAGCAGAUUUUAAUGAGGACUUAAAUUUCAAUUUAUGAUG